GCCUGUGGGCUAACUAGGACAGCUAACUAGGACGCCCCGGCCGGGUUUGCGGGUUGGGUUGUGGGAUCUUCAUGGCCCCGGCAGUGCUGGCUUCUGCCGGUGAAGGAGACGCAGCGAGGGUCGCCGCGGCCUUGUGGAGUUCCAAAAGAUGAGUCGUGGAUAUUCAGAAAACAACAAUUUCCUGAACAAUAACAACCAAAUGGUGUUGGACAUGAUCCUUUACCCGUUAAUUGGAAUCCAUCAGACCAUCAACUGGGAAACUGUGGCAAGGCUUGUGCCUGGGUUAACACCCAAAGAGUGUGCAAAGAGGUUUGAUGAACUGAAGAGCAGUGGAAGCUCACCUGUGGACAACCAGUAUAGUCCCCUAAUGGCUGCUGGAGAGAGUCCUAUUGAAACAUUAGCCUCAUAUAUCAAAUCCUCACUUCUGGACACACAGGGAGAAUUUCAGGAGACUCCACUUGGUCAAGAUGCAGUUUCUAGAACAGGAAGACAUAGUAUAGCUUCCACAAGGAAUUGUUCUUCAGAAAGUGAAAAUUGUACUACUCAUAAUGGUGGAGAAAAGACUGAAGAAUCUGAAGGGCCAAACAUGGUGAUUCAUGUAUGUGAUGAAGCAAAAAACUUGAAAGAAGAUUUUAUUUGCCCACGAGAUCUUUUGAUAUCAGAAAUGAAGUACUUUGCUGAAUAUUUGUCUAUGGACGCCCAGCGCUGGGAAGAGGUGGACAUUUCAGUUCAUUGUGACGUUCAUAUUUUCAACUGGUUGAUAAAAUAUGUUAAAAGGAAUACUAAGGAGAAUAAAGAUUGUGAGAUGCCCACUUUAGAGCCAGGAAAUGUCAUUUCAAUUCUUAUUUCUUCAGAGUUUUUAAAAAUGGAUUCACUGGUUGAACAGUGUAUUCAGUAUUGUCACAAAAAUAUGAAUGCCAUAGUAGCUACACCAUGCAACAUGAACUGUAUUAAUGCAAAUCUUCUUACACGUAUAGCUGAUCUGUUCACACACAAUGAAGUUGAGGAUUUAAAGGACAAGAAAGAUAAGUUUAGGAGUAAACUUUUUUGUAAGAAGAUUGAGAGACUGUUUGAUCCUGAGUACUUGAAUCCAGAUUCUCGGAAUAAUGCAGCAACAUUAUACAGAUGCUGUUUAUGUAAGAAACUUUUAACAAAAGAAACUGAAAGAAGAAUUUCUUGCAUUCCUGGAAAAAUCAAUGUGGAUCAACAUGGAAAUAUUAUCUACAUUCACAUAAGAGAUAAGACUUGGGAUGUUCAUGAGUAUUUGAAUAGUCUUUUUGAAGAAUUAAAAUCUUGGCGAGAUGUAUAUUGGCGCUUAUGGGGAACAGUCAACUGGCUAACUUGUUCAAGAUGUUAUCAGGCUUUUCUCUGUAUAGAGUUUUCACAUUGUCAGUAUCACUCAGAAACAGUGAUUUAUCCUACUGCAGGAAGCUCAAUGAGUACUGUUGGCACUGGAAUUUAUCCCUGCUGUAACCAAAAGGUUCUCCGAUUUGACCCCACUCAGUUUACAAAGGGUUGUAAAGUAAAGGACCACACGGUUGCUCUUCGUGAUCACAGUGAAGGUGAAGAUUUGCUGUCCUGUCCGACUGCUAGAAUACUGGAUGAUCUGCACAAACAUAAAGAUGUCAUUCUUGUGCCUUUUGCUAAAGAUACAGUUAGUGAUUCUGGGGAUGGUCCCUGUGAUGAAAAGAGUCUAGACUGUGAUGUUUUACUGGAGCCAAAUACACCAUGGGGCCCCAAGAGUGGGGAGCUCAAUGCUUUCUUGUCACUGAAAAACUGGACUCUGCAGCUGAAACAACAGUCAUUGUUUUCAGAAGAAGAAGAAUAUACUACCGGAUCUGAGGUCACUGAAGAUGAGGUUGGAGAUGAAGAAGAAGUAUCCAAGAAACAAAGGAAAAAGGAGAAGCCAAAGAAAUUCACUAAACAACCAAAAAAGCAGAUGUCUUCACCCUGUGGUCAGAAGAAAGAAAAGGCAUUGGAGAAGUCAGCGUCUAGAGAUGCAUCUCCUUUCAUCGUGAGUAUGCAGAAGAAUAAGUGGGAUGCCACAAGAUCCUUAAGAUUCAACCAAGACGCACAAAGAGAAGAUGAUCAGCGGCGGAUGUCUGAAAUUACAGGGCACCUAAUAAAAAUGAGAUUGGGUGAUCUGGACCGAGUCAAGUCAAAGGAAGCAAAAGAAUUUGCAGGAGGUAUUUAUUCCAGGCUUGAAGCGCAAAUCAAGGCCUCAGUGCCUGUCAAUGCACGGCAGAGCAGCUCAGAGAAAAACACCAGGUCUAAAAGUCGUUUUGGUCAAAGUCGUCCUGCCUAAAGUACCUUAAUAUAUAACUAAGAAGAUAGAAGACACACCUCUGGACAUCUGAAAUUGCUCACUUCUUGAAGAUAUUCAGAAAGAUGACAUCUAAAUGUUUUAAGUUAUUUAUUAUUCUUGCAAGCCACAUAAAUCAUAGUGCUGAGGGAACUGUAUUCAGUAGGUCAUAGUGAAACUUGUUAAGGCUAAUUUUCCUUUGGUGUAAUAUGCUAGGCAAAUUGGCAUACUUAAGGCACCUAGUAUUUGUUAUCCUUAAUUUAUUUGAAAGAGGCCUAAACUCUCAAGUAGCUAAGAGCUUUUUAAGACCUUAAAAAAUUAGGGCACAACUGGUAGUGGUAGUAGCGGUGUGCACUGAUUAUGUCUUUUGGGCUGUGAAUCUUGUGAUAGCAUUGAGAACUUCAAUUUGUAUGAUGAAAUUUCCAAUGAUGCUAAUUUUAGGUUUGCAUGAUUAUUAAUGAGUGACAGUCUCAAGACUGCAUUAAAUAAGGUUUCAAGGGAGGUAUUUCCUGUGUUGGGCAGAAGGCUUAAUUUUUUUCCGUGUUAUUCCAUAGGAAGCACAAUGUUAAUCCAAUUCUUUAUUUAUUUAUUUUUUUCAGUUCUUACUGCUUAUUUAUUGGUCAUCUGAGCUGGAACUACUAUUAUCUCUUUCUUCUUUAAAGCUAGUGCCAUUCUGAAUUUGUUAAAAUAACUGUUGAUAGUUUUAGGACAGUUAACUAUUUCAGUUGUAUGAGACACCCACUGUUCAGUUCUCAGGGUGCUAAAACUCAGUCAUGUUUCAGUAGCUACUCAAAUAGCCCCUUAAGACAGUUUACAGUUGGUUAUUACCUUAGAGAUGUCUAGAAGGGAAGAUACACAAAUGCUUUUGAUGGAUAAAAAAUUGCACAUAUUGAAGAGAAAUCAAAAUAAAAUUCUAUUCUAUAGAUCAUGUUUUAAUUUUUUUAACUAAGGAGAGAGAGUCCUCAGGGAAAAUUUGUUCUAAACUAUAAGGAUAUAAAAAUUGUGUGUUUGGAAAUUACUUACAUGUAGCUCUUUAAGAUGCAUUGUUUCUAUUUUUAGUUUUCUUUUGCCUCAAUUUUGAAACUUCUUCAGAUUACUAGAGAACAGACGUUUUUGUUUGUUUGUUUUUUGGGGGUUUUGGCCACACUCUUGACAUAUGGAAGUUCCCAGACCAGGGAUCGAACCCAAGCCACAGCUCUGACAACACUGGAUUCUUAACCCGCUGUGCCACAAGGAACGCCUAGAGAAUAGACUUUAAUAAGUGUAUGACAGAACAGCACUUUCUAUUGAAAUGUCAAAGUGUUAUACUCAGUUUACCCGUACAGAAAUCAUUUUUAAUGAGUGUUUCAGUUAGUAAAUGAAGCUAGAUUGUAUUUGAUGUUAUAUUUGUGACUCUGCCAAGAUUUCUGAACUUCCGUUUGGAAAUUUUGUUGCAGUUGGUAUUUUUCAAUUGUUUGAUAUUUUUGAAAUAGAUUAUAAAAUUUUUAUUUUCAAAAAAAUAUAUUUUAUAGUACGUGAUCUGUACACCCUCUUAAAUACCACAGUCUUGCUUAGUUUACUGUGUUCUCUGAUCAAAAGGGUUUAGGUUUAUACAUGGUAUAUGGUGCUGUCAUGGUCACAAAUAAAGAGAAAAAUGGGGAGCUCCCUGGUGGCCUAGCAGUUAAGGAUUCAGUGU